UUUCAGUUAAAAAAUCUAGCCCAAAGCAGCCCCCCCUUCCUCAACCUGCGCCCUUAGCCUCUUUAUGUAUGCCUCCCUCUCUCUCCCUCUCUCUCUCUCUCUCUCUUAACGGUUUCUCCUUUCAUUUCUUUGGCCAUCCUGUUUUCGUCUCUCUUAUUUCUGCGUGAUUGAUUGAUUCCUCAACCCACCCGUCACCACCAUCUAACGGUAAAUACAAGACUCAUAGAGAGUGAGAGAGAAACCUUCUCUCCCAAUAUAUUCAAAAAAAAUGAAAAAAAAUGAAAAAUUAAAAAAGAAAAAAAAGAGAGAGAGUUGAUUGAUGGUGAUAGUUCAGUCACUUUCACAUCUACUCUUUUUAUUUACACCUUCAGGCAUUAUUUUCUUUUCUUGAUCUCGACAACCAAAUCAUUUUCCUCAACAUCUUUGUGUUUUAGUUAGUUUCCAUUUUUUAGUUUACAACCCUCUUCCCAAUUCCUCUUAGUUGUUUUCCGGCAAGCGGUUUUCCAAUGGACGGUUGCGGCAGCAGUGGUGGUGGUGGUGGUGGCGACAGUUUUUCUGAUUUUUUUGAAGAGUCUGAAUUCGGCAAAACCCACUUGGCCGGAGCAGCCUCGCCGGAGGAUAUCUUCAGCAUUCUUGAAAGCUUAGAGGGUGGUGGUGUUGCAGAGUCUGCUCCGAUUGAACUGCCGGAGCAAACUGGGUUGGGUUGGAAGGAUGGUGGUGAAGAAAUGGGGACAAUGAGGUUAGUUUCACAGAAAUCGACUUCUUCAAGUGCAUUGAUAGAAUCUGAGACUGAGAUUGAAGCUUCUUCACCAAAGAGCAAGAGACAGAAGCUCGCAAACGCAACGGCUUCUUCGGAGGAAGCAAACCCAGAUGGGCAACAAAAGGUAUCUCACAUAACAGUCGAGCGAAACCGGAGGAAGCAGAUGAAUGAGCAUUUGUCGAUUUUACGCUCUCUUAUGCCUUGUUUUUAUGUCAAAAGAGGUGAUCAAGCAUCAAUAAUAGGUGGGGUUGUCGAUUACAUCAAUGAGUUGCAGCAAGUUCUACAGUCACUGGAGGCCAAGAAGCAAAGGAAAUUAUACAGUGAGGUACUAAGUCCAAGGCUUGUCUCAAGUCCAAGACCCUCACCACUUAGCCCUAGAAAACCACCACUGAGCCCUAGGCUAAACUUACCCAUAAGUCCAAGAACCCCACAACCAACUAGCCCUUACAAGCCUAGAUUGCAGCAGCAAGGUUAUCUUUCUCCAACAUCCAUGCCCACUUCACUUGACCCAUCUCCUUCUUCUUGUUCUUGCACUUCCUCCAUUAAUGACACUGUUAACGAGCUUUUCGCUAACUCUAAAUCAUCAAUUGCUGACGUUGAGGUGAAAUUCUCUGGGCCAAAUGUUCUUCUGAAGACAGUAUCAUCUCGAAUUCCCGGACAAGCUAUGAAGAUAAUAUCAGCUCUAGAAAACCUCUCACUUGAAAUCCUCCAUCUGAGCAUCACCACCAUUGAUGAAAACAUGCUUAAUUCAUUCACCAUCAAGAUUGGAAUUGAAUGCAAGCUUAGCGCGGAGGAACUCGCUCACCAAAUUCAGCAAACAUUCUGCUAAUUAAUUUAAGUUUCUACUAAAGAUUCAUCAGUUAACACCUUCUCUGUCUCUGUCUCUGUCUCUGUCUCUCUCCUCUGCUAAAAAGACGCUGCCAUAAUAAAAGAGAAUGCGAGGAGGAGGAAGAGGAGGAGGAGGAGGAGGAAGAGGCAUUUACCAUCAUUGUUUACGUUUUUUUUAACAGAUGUAAUAGUAGAUCAGUCAUAACCUGUAUUUGCUAGUGUAUCUUCUUCGAUGAACUUUAUUUUCAUUUCCCAAUUCAAUUUUAUUUGUCUUCGAUGGAUAUUUAUUUUUAGAGUGAUGUUGUGCUUCAUAAAAGAAAUAUCAUAAAAAAAUUUAUUAUGAAA